AUGAGGUACAACCACAAAAUACAGUGGCACAAUCAGAAGUCAUUCCUGGACUUACUGGAAGCUGACUAUCACGAUGAAGAUGCCAAUGCAGACCUGUCAAGACACAACAUUGCAUCAGACUGCAGCAAGAACUGGAAGGCUGCUGCAAGUGACAAAAAGAAGCAGAUGUGGAGCAUUUUUGAUGAAAUGGGCAUCUUUGUUUUUGCCUAUCGCCAUGGCCUUGUUUUGGCCAAGUACCCCCUUGCAAUUAUAUCUAAGGUUCUCAAGCUCCUCAGUGAGUGCUCUCUUGCUGUCUACAACAUUAGCUGUGGGUUCACAUCAACAAUCUGUGCCAGUAUCCUUGGUAAAGCAUUUGAGCAGCAAGGCUGCUAUAUUUGUGUUGAUGUGUUUCAUGGUUAUGCACAUAACUACACUUGUCAAACCAAGAAUCAUCCGAAUGGCAUUCAAGGCACCGGCAUCAAGAACUUUGGAGCCAUUGAACACUUCUUCAGUGCAUCUAAUGCACUCGCUCCUGUCAUCCGCUAUGCAACUAUCUAUCACCACUUUGUCUUUCUUGAUCUCUUCUUCAAACAAUGGUACAAUGACAAAUACCUGAACCUCACCACGAUGAUCUACCAUAACUACAAGCAAUCUAUUAACAUUAUAACAUUGGAGUCUCUUACCCUUGAUGAUGCUAAGGCAUCGCUUGGUAUCCAGGUUGGUAAUCUGGAGGCUUAG